AUGGGAAACUGUUUAAGAUCACAAGGAAAUCUAGUACAAAUUUUGAAACCUGAUGGUAAAAUCCUUGAAUACAAAGCGCCCGUAAGAGUGAACGACGUGUUAUCAGGAUUUCAGGGAUAUGGACUGUCAGAUAAACUUCCAGUCCUGCAGUAUUUGAAGCAGAAUAUCGAAUUGGUGGCUGGUCGCCUAUACUACCUUAUACUUCUUCCGACUCAAUCUCCAAAAAUUAAAAAAAGGGUAAGUUUUGCUCAACCAGAGAAAGUGGAAGAAAGCAAGAGCCAAGACACGAGUUUAACCAUUAAGUUGGUUAUCAGCAAGCAGGAGCUGAAGGAGAUGCUAGAAAAUGGAGCUUUCUCACUGGAUGAACUAGUUUCCAAGCAACAGAAUGAUACAUGUCCAACAGAUGAAGAGAGUUAUGGAAACAAGACAUGGAUGCCUGCUUUGAAAAGCAUUAGUGAAGUAGACUGUUAA